AAUGGCGAUGCCCUUGUUACGAUGGGGACUGUUGUUGAUCACUUGGUAGCCAACUUAUUGUGAAUAACUGCGGAUUAUUCAUACAGCUGUCCGUUUUGGGUGAUCUACUCCGACGGCUACAUGUUAAAGCCGUCCAGUGCAGCGGGCCCGUCCACCGUUGCUUCUCCUCAACCAAUGAAGGAAUCCAAGGAGAACUUUUCAAUGACUGGCCAAGCUAUCCUGGACCACAUCAAGCCAUGUUGGUACUGGGACAAGAAGGAUUUGGCCCACACCCCGUCUCAGUCUGAGGGCCUGGACCCUGGCACAGAGGCUCGGUAUCGCCGAGAAGGAGCCCGCUUCAUAUUUGAUGUGGGGACACGACUUGGCCUUCACUAUGACACACUGGCAACUGGCAUCAUAUAUUUCCACCGCUUCUACAUGUUUCACUCCUUCAAGCAGUUCCCCAGAUAUGUGACGGGUGCUUGCUGUCUUUUCCUGGCAGGGAAAGUGGAGGAAACCCCAAAGAAGUGUAAAGACAUCAUCAAAACUGCCCGCAGCUUGCUGAAUGAUGUGCAGUUUGCCCAGUUUGGAGAUGACCCGAAGGAAGAGGUGAUGGUGUUAGAGAGAAUCUUGCUCCAGACUAUCAAAUUUGACCUGCAGGUGGAGCACCCCUACAUGUUCCUGCUGCGCUACGUCAAGCAGCUCAAAGGGGAGAAGAAUAAAGUGUGCAAGGUGCUGCAAAUGGCAUGGACGUUUGUCAACGACAGCCUUUGCACCAUGCUGUCUCUGCAGUGGGAGCCAGAGAUUAUUGCAGUAGCCGUCAUGUACCUGGCCGGCCGCCUGUGUAAGUUUGACAUCCAGGAGUGGACCGCUAAGCAGUCGUCGCGCCGCUGGUGGGAGCAGUUUGUCCAAGACGUCCCGGUUGAGCUGCUUGAAGACAUUUGCCACCAGAUCCUGGACUUGUACUCUCAAGGCAACAAGCCCAUCCCUCAGCAGAUGCAGGAGAAGGAGCGGGUACCUGUUCCUGCGAUCCCUGCUCCUCCGGCUCCACAGGGACAACCCCCGGCCUCCAACCCUCCUCCCCCACCACCAAAGAAGACUUCCCCUCAGGGUGGCAGCCCUGCACGCCAGCUCAAACGCUCACAUACAUCCCCCAAAGAUGAACCAAAGGCUCCAGAACAAGUUGGGUCAAAGAUUCCUCGACUGGAGAGCCCAAUGCCCCCUCUGCCCACAUCGCAGCCUCCCUCAGACCGAAAAGCUCCUGCUCCAGCGCCUCCUACAGAAGCAGAACCAGGAAGUGAGGCCGCCCCUCCUCCCCCUCACGCCCCACCUCCACACCAGCCUCCUCCCCUUCCCCAUCGCCCUCCUCCGCCUCCGCCCUCCAACUACAUCAUGUCCACCACCAGCUCCUACAUGUCUGGGGAGGGCUAUCAGAACCUGCAGUCGAUGAUGAAGACAGAGGGUCCCUCUUAUGCCCCCAUGCCGCCCAGUUAUGCACCCCCGAUACCGCCAUACCACCCCCAUGUCUAUCCGCCCCCCUCAGCACCACCUCCAGGCCCUCCGCCUCCUCCUUCCACCUACCCACCACCCAGCUUGCCCCCGACCUAUCCGCCUCCAGGUUACAACAGUUACCCUCCACCACCGCCUCCGCGUAUGCCACCAGGCCACGUACCCCCUCCAGGGAUAGGCCUUCCACCUGCUGGGUACCCUCCUCCGCCACCUGUGCCCCCAGGACAGUCACAAGUCCCCCUGCCCCCUCCCCCUGGCAUGCCCCUGAACCGUGGUGGGUGGAUGAGAUGAGAGUGCUAAAACAGUCUGUGAACUGAGGCUGUGCAGAGCCACCACUGGGGAGGGAAAGCUCUCUGAAGAGGAAGAACAACCAGGAACUUGUGUUAUUCUGGUACAAACAAAGGAAAAGCCUUUUCACCUCCAGGACGACUUGUGAUAAACAGCUCCUGGGGUUGUGAAUAAAGGCUUAUCAGCAAUAGACUUGAAAGGAAAAGUGAGGUUUGGACAGUAUUGUUACGAGAACCAGAGGAGGUGCCGAAAGUUUGCAGUUAGAAUCCUGAAAUAUUUUGAAAUAAGCGAGUUAAAAGUGCACAGGAUGGAACUUGCUGUACCCUGUUCCAGGAUCUUGUAACAAACACUGUCCACUCAUUGUUUUUGUUCUGGGAGUGUACCAGGAAAUUAGGGCACCCUGAAAUUUCUUUUGUGUUUCUCUUUUUUUUUAGUGUCAAACUCAUUCACUAAUUGUAGGGAGAUGAAAUGUACAUUUUGCUUUAUCUUUGAGAGGAUCAAAGGUUGAGUCUUAUAUUUCCUUGUGUAUUCCAUCUCCCUGAUAUUGUGUUUUGGUUUUGCUGCAUUCCCAGCCACCUCAGUGUUGUUUUUGUUUUCUCCACAUUCCCAGUGUUUACAGAGCAUAACAAAAUCUUGAGAUGGUUUAACAUGCCUCAAACAGGACCAUCGCACAGAAGGACUGAGAAGAACACGCUGUAUAUUCAGACACGUUCACGAAUGUAGAGCGUGUUCAAACAUGCUGUAUAUUCUUUCUCUCUUAUUACAUUUUAUUCUGUGAAAACACUGAGGUCGUGCUGCGAGAUGUUUGUGCUAACAUUAGAUGCUGUCAGGUCUUUCUAUUUUAUCAUGCUCAUUUCUUAUUUCCUGUUCCAUUUACUGCAACUGCAACUCAAAUUAACUAUACAACAGAGACCCUGUUAUCAAACCAACCACAUCUAACACUGGAUAGUCUAAGGUAUAUUUGUACACAUCUGAUAUUUUCAUUUAGACAAUGUUUUUUUCUGGGAUUUUCUAUCCAUAUGUGCCUUAGUCAGGCCUUGCUUUUCUGUAUCCCGUACGCAGCUUUGGUUUUGUUGCAGAGUGGCACUUAGGACAAAAAACAAACAAAAAAAACUUGCUUUUCCUACUUUAAA